AGGGUAUCACAUGGUAUACACUCAUUGCCUUUUUUUUUUUUUCUUUCUUUCCCCUUAGCCAUUUCAAAGGAGUCCUCAUGGCUUUGGUUUCACAUUUAUGUAUGUGUGAUUAUGACUUGAACUCAUUACCUGCCUUCUUCUUAUUCUUCAACAACAAUUUUCCUCUUUAUUUCUUGUUUGGUCUUUUGUAUUUUAUAUAAAUAUUUUUAGUGUUCCUAUAUACUACUAAUUAAUUUACUAAGUAAUUGUUGGAUGAGUAUGGAUGAUUCAUUUGAUGAAGAGUGUGAUUAUUUAUUCAAAUCAGUUCUUGUUGGAGAUUCAGCUGUGGGAAAAUCAAAUCUUUUAUCAAGAUUUGCUAGAGAUCAAUUUCAGUUUGAUUCUAAGCCAACUAUAGGUGUGGAAUUUGCUUAUAAAAAUAUUAGAGUUGGUGAUAAACUCAUCAAGGCUCAAAUAUGGGACACUGCUGGACAAGAAAGGUUUAGAGCAAUUACAAGUUCCUAUUAUCGCGGAGCGCUUGGUGCUUUACUUGUUUACGACAUAACAAGAAGGACAACAUUUGAAAAUUUAAGAAAAUGGCUACAUGAACUUAGGGAAUAUGGAAAUUCAGACAUGGUAAUUGUUCUUGUUGGUAACAAAUCUGAUUUAUCAAAUUCAUCAAGACAAGUAAAUAUUGAAGAUGGACAAAGCCUUGCACAAGUAGAAGGAUUAUCUUUUUUGGAAACAUCAGCUAUGGAAAAUUUAAAUGUUGAAGAAGCAUUUCUACAAAUGAUUAACAAAAUUCAUGAAGUUGUAAGCCAAAAGAGCUUAGAAGCAAAGUUAAAUGAAGUGACUACACCAAAGUCACUUCAACAAGGGAAAAAAUUAGAAAUUAUUAAUAUGAUGAAUAGUGAAGUAACAGCCACUAAACAAAAUGUUAAUUGUUGUUACUGAAUUUACUAAUUGUUUGUAAUUGCUUUUGAUAAUAGUUUUGGAGAGAAAAGAAAAUCAUACUUUAAUUACUUUUGGUUGUUGCUUUACUUCGUGUUAUAUUGGAUCUUGUUAGCUAAUCUAUUUUCUUUU